UAUGAGCACAGUUUAAGAAAGGUUUGAUCUUGUUUAAAAAUUCAUAAAAUCAGGAAAUACAGGAGGAAAAGAGUUAGAUAAUUCAUAAAAAUUGUAACUUUAUGCUCUGUUUAAACAAGUGAUCAUUUCUUAAUUUAUUUAUAGAUUUCUGAAGGACCUUGCAAAGGUAGUGCUCCAAGUAAAUUAAAAGUAGUAGAGAGAGCAAAAUAUGAUGCUUGGAAAAAGUUAGGAACCAUUUCUAAAGAAAAAGCUUAAGAAUAGUACAUUAAAGUAAUUGAAAACGUAUGGCCAAAAUGGAAUGAAAAAGCAAAGCUUUGAUC